GUUAUUGUUUACUUUGACAUUUGACAUAUAACUUUGAUUAAUUUUGCAGUUUGCAAACAACUUCAAUCCUAGAAUUUUAUUAAAUUAAUUUAUAGUAACAAACUAUAUCAUAAUGUCUGAAAAUAGAAAAAAACGAUACAGGAAACCAAAGCAAGAAGAAAAACGAACAGUGAUUCUAGCCAAACGUGAUCCAGAUCGUUGUGCGACGAAAACUUUUGAAGAUCAUCAACCAAUUCAACCGAAGAUUUUAUUGAAAGCCAAGGACCCAUCAGAUUGUGUCGGAUCACCAUCAAACACGAAUGCAUCCUCUUUAUCUAAUUUAGUGCCUCAGAAAACAAUUAUUGUCACCAAAGAUUCCAUAUCAAUCGAUGGUGCUGGUUCUGUAACGUCAAACUCAACCACUCAUCCCAUUUCCCAAAGUCCUAAUAACUCUUCAACACAACCGCCAAAAGAAUCCACAACAGAUGUGCCUAUUGCCGAACCCACUCCAAUUAUGACCCGCCCAGCAACAGUGAUCUCGUCCACAUCGCAAAUUAACUUUAAUGCGUCGAAAUUCCUUUUGAAAAACAAUAAGGAUUUUCUGGUUGUGGGGGUUGUUGGCAGGCAAGGUGUUGGUAAAUCCACUAUUAUGAACCUGUUGGCUGCGGAGGAGAUUAACGAUGAAACGUACACGUCUAUUUUCAAGGAACAAGAGAGUAUCUUUCCCAUUAAGAUUAAACCCAACAAAGGAGCCGCUUGGCCACGCACCGAAAGUAUUCAUAUGUACAUCACAAAAGACAGAAUGAUCCUUCUCGACAGCCCCCCAGUUCUAUGCAAUUCCUACAAGAAAGAUGAACUCACGAACGAAAUGGACGACAUGCAUAAUCUUAUCAUAUUCCUCACCGUUUGUCAUCUGGUGAUCUUCGUACAGAACGACCAUUUCGACAUGAGUCUUGUUCGCUUGUUUCAGAUGGCCGAAAUGACAAAGCCCAAUCAGGAUACAAAACCUUUUGUAGAGGAUUACUAUCCGAAUGUCUUAUUUGUCAAGAACCGGGCUAAGCGAUUAGAUUUUUUAGACGUCGAAAAACAAAUGCAGGAUAAAAUGCUUAGGUUUUGUUUUGCAGACACCAAACUAAAGGUGUUCCUUGGUGAAACCGAUGAACAGAAGAAGUCAUCUUCGUCGAUACCAGAUGCAGACAAGAUUGUCAAUUCUUUUCUAGUACCAGAAAUUAAAGGUAAUGAAGCGAGCAGUUUCCACACUGAUUUGCAGUCCAUUGCAGAAGACUUAAGAAGAAGAGUAUUUAUGACACCGCGCAACCAAAUCUACAACGCUCCUGGUGAGCUAACCGAAGCCAUUUGGUUUGAAUUGCUGACAAGAACUGCAAACGAGUGGAAUCAUUUCUUUUUCAGGACUUAUAAAGAAGCUCGAAUAAGUUAUUUUCAAAGUGGAAGUAGUGCUGAUCCUGAAAAGUAUGCAUAGUUAAAUUUGUUUGUAAAUAAAUUCGAACUUUUAAAUCGUGUAAA